AUGCGCUGUCAUGGGAAAGCAAGCUCGACUGAGCCUGCCAUACUCUACGCCAUCCUCGCCGUAGGGGCUGCUCAUGAGAAAGAGCUGGCAAGCACUGAACCAUGCAACUUCAAGAAUGAGGAGGCGAGCGAACGUCAGGCCUCUGACACCGCAGAACGUCUCAGUUUGCUGCACUACAACAAAUCCAUCUCACUUCUCCAACCUCAUCUUCUAAAGCCAGGCACCGAGUCGACUCGUGUUGCCCUCAUUGUUUGCACAGUAUUUGUCUGCUUGGAGUUCAUCCAGAGACGGUACAAGAGCGGUUUCCUUCAUUUUGGAUAUAGUCUCAAACUGUUAGGCAGCCUGCUCCGAAACAGAACAUCGGCAACGUCCUCCGAUCCGGCCGAUGACUGGUUUGCCGAAGAGAUUCCAAGGCUUGAUUUGCAAGCAGCUCUCCUCGUGAACGAGUUCUACUCUGGGGCUGCCGGUUCCAUGUCUUUCAUAUGGCAUCAGUUGCCCCAGGCCUUUCAGACGACCCGCGAUGCAAGUCACAGCCUGGACGGCCUGCUAUUCAGAGCCCAUACACUUCAGCGGAAUGGCAGUGCGGUAAACUUAUCAGGAGAUGUAGCCGACAUCUUCGAGCUUCUUGCUACACAACAAACUCUUCGGAAUGAUCUCGAGGGGUGGCUUCACUAUUUCGAUAUUUUUAAAGCUCAGAGCUGGAGCCACUUAUCAGACGCCGAAACGCUUGUAUGUCGACAGUUACCGAUAUACCACACCAUGGCACAGAUCAUCACCAACACCGCUCUGAACCCAAGAAACGAGUUGAUCUUCGACCUGUAUACGCAUCAGUUUGCCUCGGUUGUUUCCCGCGCACGAGAGAUUCUCGACACAAUUCAGCCGUCGUCGUCAGAAUUACCAACGCCAGCAGCAGACACGCCUGGCUCCCACGUCCCUCAACUCGAGUAUGCUGUUGACAUUGGCCUCAUCCCGCCCUUGUUCUACACAGCAAUCAAAUGCCGCGUCCCCAAGAUUAGGCGGCAGGCAGUGGAGCUAAUCCUGUUAGGACAGCGUCAUGCAGGAAUCUGGGAUGCGGAGCUAUCAGCCCGUGUGGCCAGAGAAGUGAUGACAAUCGAGGAAAGGGGUGUACAAGACAGUCCACAGGACGGUAAAAGGGACUCUCCAGACCCCUUGUCAACCAUUCCAAAUCCGCCCCGAGUCCAUAAGUUAUGGGUGGCGAUGCCUGGAGAUCAGAAGGGGGACAUCUACCUCAGCGUCCAGAGAGUACAAAAUGGCGAAAUGCAGGAGAAGUUGACAAGGAAGUUUGAUGCAUUAAAUGGGUCUUGGACAUCGAUUCCCGUCGACUCGUAUGUUUCUGAAGCAAUAAAUCGCGAAAGGGGGAGAUAG